GCACCUCUUAAGAGUGGAGACUGAUAGGUACCUAGGUAUGCUUCGUUUCCAAUAGCAACUUGCCUAAGGUUAUCUUAUACAUCUACAUAAUAUUAAGCAUCCAAAACUUGAAAACUUGAACAACUUCAGGAGUACUAGAAUUAUGUGUGGGUCUAAAUAAAUACUUCAUCUCUCAAUGACGAGCCAGCUGAAAUGGUCUUUCGGAAGACCGCAGCCCGCACACCCUCAAGGCUUGGGGAAUUAACCAUUGCAUCUAAGACCUGUGUCGCCAUUUGUAACACCAGAUAUUGAGGACAUGGCGUCCCCGAUAUUACCAAAUACGUCCAACUUCUUGGGCGUGGCCUUGGUCGUCAACCGAUUGCGCGACGGCCCAUUGUUUGUCUUUCACUAUCCCCCUCAGAUACAGGGGCCGUACGCCUCACCCUCUAGCGAUGAUGUCCCUAGGGACGAGCUGGACGACGAUGACGAACUGUUAAAUCAGCCAUCCCACCCCCCUGUUGAAACGCCUUCCGGCUCGGUGCCGAAGUCAAUAGAUUUGCAGAACUGGAACCACGAUGACCAUCUGGAAACUGAAAGUGGUUCCCAGAUAGUCCCCUGGGAGCACGUAGCCGGCUACCCUACUAGGGACCUUGAGAGUCUUCUCACGCCUAACAGAGCUUUCCACAAGAAGCUCUUUCACGUUACGCUGGAGCAGCUUUGCUUCGCAUCCUAUCCUAUAUACGUUCCGGAAAAUGGCAUAUGGCGAAAGAAGAAGAAGCAGCCAAAGUAUCAACCGCCCAAAUCGCCUGAUAAUGUGGAAUCCGCAAGUAAAUACGGCGAAUACUCUAUCAUUGCGAGUGAUGCACCGCAGAUAGAAACCAAAGACAUGGCAGAGGAUGCUACUGCGGGUAGCCCACCUGAAGAGGCUGACGAGAAGAAGAGCGGGAUGACUAUGUUCAACCUUGUCUUUAUUCUGAACCCCAAAAAGCACGAGGGAAAGGAGUUGGCAGAGAAUCUCUAUUUUCAUAUCAUCAAGAAAAUCAAUAAAGCAUACAAGUACAGCCAGCAGAAAAGUGAUUUUGUUUGGAAAGAAUCGAAAAGGAUCUUGGCUUUGAAAGAUAAAGGACGAGAAUCGAGGACUAGGAUGAGCACGCUGUGGAGAGAAAUCCUGGAAGUAUCAUCCUUAGCGGCAUCUAUGCAGGAUAUAUACGAGGCUGUCUCUCACAAUAGAAUCGCAGCUUUACAGCUAGAUACGGCCGAAGGCGCCGUAACACAUUCAGUUCAGAUCCCCAUGCCUUUCUAUAUUCCAGAUCUGCCACCGGAUGAUGAGAACGGCUCUAAGGGUCUAUGGAUUACUACUGCAAAUGCCUUCGUCGAGGAAGACAGUCUUAACGAUCCCGCAUUCCUCGAUAAAAACUUUGCGCUACUAUUAAUGAGCGACGAAAAAAAGAUCAUUGCAGAGCUCCAGGCGGACCCGGAUGAAACGACAGCGGCCAUGAUCGAGUUCGUCCGGCUCUCCAAACCGACGAUGUCAUUCUACCAGAUCGGCCAAGGUACCGCACUCUCGCCAGCCCAAGUGCGCAAAUAUGCGCAACAUUUCAUCUUCUGGCGGCGGGCGAUCGCAAUCCCACCUUUGCAUGCGCGGGACAUUUAUAUCCUAUCGCCAAAUAGUGAUAUGAGCCGGCUACCAAAAGCGAGCCAAGCAUGGGCGCGCGCGUUUCCUCUUGCACCCCCUCUUCCCGAGUUCCUCGCAGCAUUGUCAGCAGCACCGCGUUCUUACAAGUUGUUCGCACCCAGCAAAAAUCAUCGUCCAACCUACCUUUCCAUGCUUGCCUGGCUCAUGCGCGGCGGCUGGGUCACCCAGCUAUGUACCUUCGCGUAUGUCGUGGUCUGGCCCGAGAUCAUAUAUGAAGUUGACUACGAGAUCGAAGCUGAGGAGCUUCUCCAAGAAGCUCGUGCCUCCAGCGCCACCGAUACCUCUGCAGAAUCCUCCUCUCACAUAUCCUCGUCGCCCCCUAACUCUUCAUCCGACGAUGUGCUCUCCCCCUCUUCGCCUGUCGAGGUACACUCAAACGACCAAUCCGAAAGUAUCAGUCCAACGGCGGUAUCAUUACCGCCACCGGGGGCAAUAUCAAUGACAUCUUCAACCGCAACAAUCAAAUCCCCAGCGACGACUACGGCCGGCGAACAAGCAGCCGAGCAGGCUCGCCUUGAUCGUAUAGCGACUCGCGCCCACCUCGCCGCUGCUGAAAAGGCUGCCGCUCACGCUCGCCGUCCCCCGCCCCGGCAGACGGACCACCCGUCCACCAACGACGCCCCGCAUCUCGCGCAUCUGACCCCGUACAUCAUCGCCGACGCCGGCCGGGUCGGCGACCGGGAUUCUCGGUACUUGCUCGCCAUAGCGCGGCGAUUGCCGGAGCGCAUUACGCACACGCAUGCGCAUUCUUCUACCACCACCGGCACCGGCCAUCAUCACGGCACCGGCACCGACGGCGGAGGAGGAGGAGGAGGUAAAAGCAAAGGCAAAGAACCAGCCGGGUCGUCAAAUCUAAACCCUCGCGCCAAGUGGCCCGACUUCUGGAAAUAUUUCAACGGGCGCUACGCCCUCGAGCGCAUCGCGCUGCACGAGGACAUGAAGCGCCGCGACGCGUGGAAUCUGCUUAAUGCCAUGAGCGAGUAUUUGCUGUGCGUUAGGCAUUGGUAGGUUGUUUUUUUAAACCCCGAUCUAAGGGUACUCAAAGUGUGUACCUAGAUGUGUGUGGUACAUGCUAUAGAUAAUAGAUAGAGAGAGAAAGUGAGCGAGAGAGAGAGACUUUACGUAACAGUCGGACGAAUGGAAAAAAGGGGGAGGGGGAGAAUGGGGUAGUGGUGGUACGGCAUAGUGGAAAGAGGAAAACCAGCUUCACUUCAUCCAUACCUCGGGUCCUACCUACCUAACCUACCUAGGUAGGUAGUUGGUAUAAUCGUCAUUGACAUGGAUAGUUGUUAGCUUGGAUAGGUAGUACUCUAAAAUAACAUAUAACUCGCUAAGUAAUUCACAUAAGA